CUCUCCUCACCUUCUCUCAUCCCUCCUCGCGAACCCUAUCUUCUCUGAUUUCUCUUCUUCUUUUUGUUUCUUUAGUCGUUUCUUUUUCUGGAUGUUGUAAGUCGAUAACCUGUGAUCUUGAAUCUCAUUUUGAAGGGUUGACUCGAUGUAAUCUUGAUUUGGCUGUUUUGUUCUGGGGAAUUGAUUUUUGGAAGGAAACAUAAAGCAAGAAUUAGAGCACAUUAGGGCUGGAAAAAGCUGAUGUGGUUCGUUGGGCUUCCUGCUUAAAAUGUCUUUUGAACCUGUCAGGGCGAGUGAUAUUGAGCGAUUGCCGGAUCUUCAUCAUCUUUAGGGUCAGUUCACGUUGAAUUCAGGGAUGAGGUUGCUUGUCGUGGGAAUUUCUGUAUGCUGCAACCCUUGUUUGGAGAUAAUUACUGUCGGCUUGGCUCUCACCGAGGGAUAAUGUGGGAGCAUUUCAUUGUCGUACUAGAUGUAUUGAUUUCUUUGGUUUAACUGCUUGUUCGAUAUAUGUAUAUUACCUUUUGGCAUAAGAAGAGAAGAGGCCUUUAACAAAUUGUGCCAUAUAAUUCCUCUAUUUUGGAGGAGCAUGAAACCUCAUACGCACUUGCACCAUAGUCAUCAUCAUUCCAGGAGUUCCAAGGGCUCCAAAGGCCAUGAUGGGAAACAAGCAAAAUUUAUUCCAGAUAAUUUUUCCUCGCUUGACCAGGUUAUUUCAGCUUUGAGAGAAUCGGGCCUCGAGUCUUCAAACUUAAUCCUUGGUAUUGACUUCACAAAAAGCAAUGAAUGGACAGGUAGGAACUCGUUUGGUAGGAGAUCUCUUCAUGCUAUUGGUGGUACACCUAACCCAUAUGAACAAGCCAUUACCAUAAUUGGGCAUACAUUAUCUCCUUUUGAUGAGGACAAUCUGAUACCAUGUUAUGGCUUUGGUGACACAUCUACACGUGACCAAUCUGUCUUCAGCUUUUACCCUGAUAAUCGUCCUUGUCAUGGUUUUGAGGAGGCUCUUGCACGAUAUAGAGAUAUUGUGCCACACCUUAAACUUUCAGGCCCAACGUCGUUUGCCCCGGUAAUCCAGGCAUCAAUUGAUAUUGUCAAAAAAAGUAAUUGGCAAUAUCAUGUUCUUGUCAUCAUUGCUGAUGGACAGGUUGCGAGGAACUCAGACGUACCACAAGGAAGAUUAAGUCCCCAAGAAGGUGCAACCAUGAAGGCAAUUGUUGAUGCCAGUUUCUUUCCUCUAUCAAUUAUUAUGGUUGGUGUUGGUGAUGGACCAUGGGACACAAUGGAGCAUUUUGAUGAUUGUAUUCCUGAACGUAGAUUUGAUAAUUUUCAGUUUGUGAAUUUUACAAAUAUCAUGAGUGCAAAAAUGGAAAUGUCAAAGAAGGAAGCAGCCUUUGCACUUGCUGCAUUAAUGGAAAUACCUUUUCAAUAUAAAGCCACGCAAGGCCUCCGACCUCAAGAAAACCAGAGUGACCGAUUUAGCUCACCAAAAAUUCUUCCUCCUCCGAAGGAAGUACUUGAACAUGAUAGUUUAAUGAUGUCAUCUACUCGUAUAGCAGAUACCCAGACAACUGGCUCCACUGCUUCAACAGAGCAGGUCUGCCCUAUAUGCUUAACAAACCCAAAGGAUAUGGCGUUUGGCUGCGGCCAUCUGAUGAUGUCUCGAGUGAUGCAAAACGACUUGCAAGGAAUGUGGUGCCACCUUAUCGACAUGCCCCAUAUGCCGAGCACCCAUAACUACACGCUUGCGGCUCUUUGCUUAGAUGAUGGUCUGGCGCCUAAGCCUGUGGUGUCCUAUCUGAACCGCUUGGGUAACCAUACAUCCCGGGAUCUAACCCUUCGUGUACCGUCAAUGCAGAAAACAUGUACAUUACAAAAUUCAUUCACCAACCUUGUUGUAUUAGACAUAAUUAUUAUCUGUUUCAUAAAUUAGUGUCCAUUUUUAGUCUCGAUAGUAUCAGCGUUGUGUGAGAUUGUUAUGUAUCUUUUUGUGUCUCCUGGUAGUAGAGGUGCUCCUGUUUAGCAGAAUCGCAGCACUCAUUUGUUGAGUCAAUUGAACAAACAUUUUAUCUUGUUUCUUCCUAUUGCUUAUUAGGAGUGGAUUUUCAGAUUUGGUUGGUCUUAA